GCUUAAGAUAAUCGUGUGAACAGCAUUUGGUUUAAAUUGAGGAUCGGCCAAGCGAAACUGCCAUUGAAAUCGAAUUUGUCGACCACGAACGUAUUAAAUUUUUGAUUCAAAAAGGUUAAUACAACGAUAGCAUUGGGUGUUAAUUACGAAAAUGAAGUGGUUCAUUGCGAUUGUACUAGCUGUGGUAGGAACAGCGUAUGCUAAUGAGGUAACUAUUUGCCACGGCAUGCCCGACAACACAUUCAUUCAAGACGUGUCUAAUUGCGCUAAUUGGUUCAGAUGUACACCAAAUGGCCCUGUACCUGGAACAUGUCCCGAACCGUGGUUAUUCAAUCCAGCAACAGGAGGAUGUGAUUGGGCCGAAAAUGUUCGGUGCUUCCAAUGCUCGCCUACGCAGCCGAUUGAAAGUACACGCGUCGAAGGCUCGUGUGUGCAGUUUAUUCGUUGCAUUAAUGGUCGUGCAAGUCAACAUGCAUGCCAAAAUGGUUUACACUUCAAUGAACAGAGUCAGCAAUGUGAUCUACCAGAAAAUGCCAAUUGUUCCGUUCAGUUUUCCUGUCCGCCUAAUAUUCCUCCUGGCCAGAUGGUUGCUUUCAGAAGCCAAACCAAUUGUUCAGAAUUUUACAUCUGUACUGGACAAGGUGACCCCAUUGCUCAAUCUUGUAACCCAGCUCUACAUUUCGAUCCGGUGACACAACAAUGCACAUUCCCGAAUAUGACGGAUUGUUCGAUUGGUGAUAAUCCUGGUCCUGGUCCUGGCGAUCCAACAACCACACCAGUCCCGUUCAUUUGCCCAUCAGAUGGACAUCACCCACAUCCGACAACUUGUUCCUCAUUUAUUGUUUGUGCUAGCGGUCAGCCACACUUUUUCAACUGUUCCGACGGAUUGCACUUCAAUCAAAGAACAAGUCAAUGUGAUCUUCCGUCGAAUGCAAAUUGCGUCCGAACUUGAAAAUGGAUUGGCAUAUGAAUGCAACACAUUGACCACAAAUUAAAUUAUCGCUGGCAAAGUUUUUUAGAUAAAUUGUUAAGCUGUAGACUAAUCACAGAGUGCAAACGUAAAAUAUAUUUUCCUACAUUUCGAA